CGUGGUGCCCAGCGCCAUGAGAUGUGGGUGCUGUGCUGGGCUCGCUCCGGCUCUCACCUGAACAUGGAUUUUGGCUUGGGCAGGGCACAACUGAGGUGUCGGGAGGGUGCUGAGCGCAGCCAGGGCUGCGGGGAGCUGGGGACAGCAAAAAGAGUUGACGCAACCUCGAAGCGCAUCGGGAAGGGGUGCUGGAGGCAGGUCUGUGGGACGCCGGGGGAGCAGCACCCUGUGUAGGCUUGGCCGCCUUGCUGAGGCUGGAAAUGAGUGAGGGGAAAUCUCUGCUCGACCGCACGGGGCCUCUCAGCCCCAGCACACGCUGAAGGCGAGGUGGUUUGUGGCAGCAGGCUCUGCUGGCACGGUGUCUGCGCAAGGACAGCUCACCAACAGCCCCUGCUCCCUCUGCUGCCUUCCCUGCCUGAUGGGGAUCUCCGGGCUGGGUUCUGCUCCUGCCAGCGCUUUGAGGGAUCGUAUCCUGCCCACCACAUCUGAAUUCCUGAUUACUUGCUAAUUGCUUGACACACUCUACUUGCAAUGCAAGAGACAGGCUCACGUCAUCCUCUGUGGUUUGCCAGGGGAGAGUGUGAACCUCUUUUUGACUCGCCUUGAAAUAGAUGAAAAAGAAUAGAGCUUGAUAUGAUUAAUGUGAAAACUUCAGCUCGGUUUCCUGCCUGGGUGUCUUGGCAUUACCAUGCCUUGUUUUCCAAGGGCUGGGUGUGCAUGGCUGGCGGUGGCGCGCCCGUCUGCGGGGUCCCCGGGAGCCUCUUCUGCCCGUAAUCCCCCGCCGCCGGAGACAUUUCGGGUUUGUGCAGCAGGCCGGCGAGUCAUGGAAGGAUUCAGGUGGUUGCCUCGAGGCACUGCUGAGAUAAUACCUCAAGGGCUCCUAUUCAAACCCACUGGGGCCUUUACAUUUGCAUGGUGGAAAUCUAUUCAGAAGCCCCGGGAGCCGAGAGGAACCCGCUCCAGCUGCGGGCAGGCGGUCACCCGUGCACAGGGGAUCAGGGGAGCGGCACGGCUUAAACACAGCCCUGCAAAGCACGAGGGCGGUGAAGGGAAAGGUGGUUUUAGGUCUGAGCCUCGGUGCUGCAGGCAGCAGUGGCCGGGGUUGUUCUGCCCAUGCCCUGUUGUCCCCUUGGUGCUGCAGCUCACAGAGGCAUGAAGAGGGCUCGGGGAGGCAUUGGCCUUGCUGCCUGGCUCACCAGCUCUUGCCUCCUGCAUGACCUGCUCCAGGCCGGGUCCUGCUUGGGCUGAGUGGUGCUGAGCCAACCUAGAUGGCCACAGCGUGGGGAGGAGUGUGAGGAGCGUCUGCGUCACGUCGCGCUGCUCAGCCCGUGAUGUCCCAAAGCGUUCCCAUCACCGCAUCCAUCGCAGAAAUGUGGGUGACUUCGGGGUGAAACGCGGCCCCAGGGAGGAGGAAGGAGGGAUGCUGAAUGCGUCUGAACGGGCAGGAUGGAUUAAAGUAGGUUGGUUGUGUUUUCCUGAGCUCUUCUGCAGGGUGUCGUGGUCGCCCUAGAGAGAAGGGAGCCGGACUUGUGCCAAGCAGGAGGCUCGGGCAUCCGAUUCCUCUUUUUGAAGGACUUUUGCCUGCCCCAGGUUGUUGGGAACCCAAUCGCCACAGCCUGCCCCAAAAAAGCAUCAUUUUGCUGUCUCCGAUUUCAGGCCUGCUGCAGGCAGGGGCCGCCAGACUUGUGCACUCAGGCAGAGGCACAGCACCUGAUGCACGGCGCUGGCAGGAGGGCGGAGGUGAGGCUCAGCAGGCAGGUUCGCGGCGUGCCCACGGCCGCCACGUCGCAGUGCCCCUGGUGUGGCUUUGGGGGCCGGAGUGCCACCGGGGUGCACACCCCAUUGCUCUGACACAAGGCAGCCAGCUCCUCUUGGAAAGCCAAGCAAUCCCCCGGGCACAGCCACCUGCCUCACCUCCCGCACCUCGCUCCCUCCCCGCAGCCACUGAACCUGGGGACGUCCCCGUCCCCACCGCGGUGUCCCAGCCGCUCGCUGCGUUGUCCCGGGCACGUCGUGUAAAUCCUUUAACCUGGCUUUUCCCCAUGCCGAAUGGGGAUAAAACCAGCGGGCUCGAUCUCUGGGGGCAUGAAUUACUGUUUCUGAGAGCCGCUGGGUAAGAGGUGCUAGGCAAAGCGCAGAGCAGAUUAAUCUGCAGCGUCUUUGCGUCGCGGCGUUGGCGCUAAUCACCAGUGUGAAAGCGCCCGGGGAGGCCGGGAGCACGCGGGCAGCACGGUGUGGAGGCAGCAGCCUCAGCCGGGGCUCCUCGCCUGCCUCCCCAGUGCUGCCCGUGCUGGGCUCCAUGAAUCAGCAUUUCUGCAGCCCAAACGAGGCACCGGGGAAAGGCAGGAGCCUGUCAGGGCACGGGGGGGGGGCCCUGCGGGGAGGAGAACGGGGGCACCUCGUUAAAAAGGGGCAGCCUGUGAGCUGGGGGUGGUCUCGUGCCGUGGAUUUGCAAUCUGCUCCCUCUCGGCUUCUGCUCAUUACCGCCGCGCGCCCCUCGUGCGCGGCUGCGAGGUAAACAAGCGCCGUGAGCAGCGCUGCCCCUCGCGCGUCCCCUCCCUGCCGCCGGCGGGGGAAUGUGACAACCUGGCACCGGGAGCAGGCAUGAAAAGCGAUGCGAUCCGCUGCGCCGAGACCCGGGGAGAUCCAGUUACAGGAACGGGGCUAGAACAAAAGAGAUUUAGCCUCCAGGAUCAAUUCCUCUCCAUUUUCCCAGCUGUGCACGUGCGUGUGCGUGCACGCGCGUAAAAGCCUCCGUCCCCGCCGGUGAGCGCUGCCGAGCACCAGCUGGGCUCUCCUCGGAAGAGCUGCGGUGCUCAGAAACGCUUGUUUUUCCCAAAACGGGGAGAGCAGGGUGAUCCCCUGGGACGAAUCUAGAAAUAGCGAGGCCAGGCCGGGCUUUGCAACGCUUGAACACCAGCAGCAGAGCCAGGUGGCUGCCGGUUGCAGGAGCUGCAGCCCUUCCCCUGCUAAGAGCGCCGAGUCCGGAUUGUUCCCCACGGAUGCUGACACCUCCGCCCCUCCAUCACGGCCAGAAAAAACCCAACCCUUGAAAAGCAUUUUCUGCGACAUCCCGGCUGUGCCAACGUCGCAGGAACCAGGACCCCUCCAACCCGCAGCCGUGGGGCCGGGAAUUAGCGGGGUGCCACACGCUGGGAUGCUCGUCGCUCCUUUAGGGGGGAACUGGGCUCGUUUGCGGGGUUUUUUUUUGGCAUGGCGCCUUCUCCCAAAUGCCGCCGGGGAGGAGACGUGGAGAGCACAGAUGUGCAUCCCGAGCAUACCGCAACAAGGUUCCUGAUUUAAGGGCUGUGAUUAACCUCUUUCCGACGGUUGCUAACCAGGUGCAGGAUCGUAACGGGAAGAGGAGGAAGCUCAGCGAAAGCAGCCAGCUUUCCCCCGUCACCUGGAGCUGCACAUGGAUGCCAUUUUCUGCCUGGAAAUUUGAGUUGAGGAUUCGUGAACGGCGCAAAGGCACCCCUGUGUGUAGCCGUGCUGCCCCGUAGCUGCUUUCCGGAGCCCGUCUCCUCCUUCCCAGCUCGGGAUCCUGCAGACAAGGCAUUGCUGCGGCCCGAAUAUGGCACGAGGCUGCGGGGCAUCCAGCUUGGGUUGUGCGUGCAGGGGGGCCAAAGGGAAAUGGGACAGAAAAUCAGCCCGAUUCCCCCUCGCUUCGGCAGCAUCCGCCAGGCAGGCAGGGUGCCCAGGGCUCCUGCCUGCAGCUUUCUGCAGGACCUUGCUCUUUCAGGGGUGCGGGGAGGAGAGGAGCAGUUUUCUGUGGUUAGGCAUUAAAAGCGGGCACGUUGCGGCUUGUGUUUCGUCGUCAAAGGUCGAACUGUCCUCAAAGGUUAAACCCGGAGCUGGCAAACUGGCUAAUUUUUAGGAGACCUGACACAUUCAGGGCACACAUUCAGGGCAUGGUGUUGCUUGCACUGGUUUCAGCUCCUCUGCCCCGGUGCCGCCUUCCUGGCUCCGUUUUUGUGUGCGCCACCAGCGCCAUAUUUCACCCUUUCCCCCAAAAUACCGCCCUGGCAUCACAUUUGGGUUUUGAUCCCCUUCAAAGCUGGCCACUGGCCGGCCAAAUCCUGCACUGUUUCUCCCGGGGAACCUGCACAUGUGGGUGGGUGCUGCAGAGCUGGAGUCAGCCUCUGUGUGUUGCUGGGGGGGCUCAGCACCGCCUGUCCCCCCACGUGUGGCACAUCCAUGUCAACUUGCACAGCAGCUGAAGUCUGCCCCCCAUUUUUAGGACAUGCAAAGUGGUCAGAGCAGGGUGAGCCCGGCUCCUCCUCCCCUUGCCACCUCCCCAGCUCCUCCCCGCAGCCAAGACCUGGAUUUUCCGCUGGGUCUCCCCAGGCAGGGAGUGGUGGUUGUUGUGCUCCCAACACUUUGUAGAGUCAAGAGCUGUCGAGGCCCUCGGAGCAGGGCAAGAGCAAGGAGACAACGGGCCAGGGGAAAGGCAAAGAGGGCAACCGCCACGGUGGCGAGGCUACGGGCUUGGGAAAUGGGAGGAGACAGGGAAAUUUAUUAAAAACAAUUAAUAGCUGCUACAACCAAGGGUUUAAACUGAAACCAAAGCCUUAGGGAAAGAGGAAAUGAAGUGGCUUAAGAUUGUUAUUUUAUUGCUUAAUGUAUUUUUUUAAAUAUGAUAUGUUAAAUGCAAAUAAGCAUUCUUACAGAGCAGGAGAGGGAGGGAAUGGAAGACAUGCCGGGAAAAGUGAGUGGGAUCUAGGUUUUGCAUCGUUCGCUGAAUUACUGGCAGGUCUUUUGUAACAUCUGUUAAAAAUAAAACAAACAUUCAUUUCCAUUUCUCACUGCCUGAGAUGGCUUCUGCAAAAAAUUUCAACCUGUCCAGGAAUUUGUCUUGAAUGUUGCCCUCCCUCUCCUCACGCCUCCUCUUCUCCAGGGGAGAUUUCCUUCCUGCACUUCCCAGGGGCUCCAUUAGCCCCACAUUAAAGCCUUUUUACUUUGCUCUAAAACUCUCCAUCGAAGUAAAAGGAAUUCUAAUAAACCGCUGGGAAGACUCGGCUAUUCACUCUUUCCAUGGAAACACGGCGCUGCCUCGGAGCAGAGCUCCUCUCCACGGAGCCUGGGUCACGGCGGGAGGAGGCCGAGGAGGGAUGGAGAGAUGGUUUCCAUUAUAAGAGACCUUUUGAGGGAAAUAAUCGCCGCUCUCCCACCACGGAAAGCCUUCGAGAUGAGGGGUUUCGGCAUGCCGAGGGAGCACAACGGUGUUGGAGUGGUCGUGGCGUGCAGCAGCGAUGUGCUGGGCACCCAGAAACUCAUUAGAACACCAGAGGAGCAGAAAGCCAAGCUCCUGAUUCCUCUCCCAACGGCAGGGACAAGCUUGGGGGCGGACAAAACUGCUGGGAGGUUUGGGAUGGGGACAUGGAGACAGCAAGGGGAUGGUGUGGCUGGGGGGACACUGGCAGACUUGGUGGCUCCUUGACUAGGGCGAUGCUGCUGCACGCUGGCGAACAUCAUGGCAGUGCAGGCACCAGGACAAUGUGUUUUUCCAGGCCCCAAAAGCCUGAGUGUAAUGGGAGCAGCUCGGGAGGGAGGGAAAAGGGUCUCAUGGCUUCAUCCCAAGCACCAGGCCGUGCCAGUGUGCGGAGCAAGGUGCCGUUGCACCCCUGAGUGACCACGAUAUGAUGGAGCUGGAGCAUCCUUGUAGGUGCAACCGUCCCGAGAGCUACCACGCUGCGAGAUGAAGGGUUUUUUUUUUUCGAAACGCCGGGAAGCUCAUUAGAAAUAGCCCGAAGGGCGAAGUUAGGAGAUGGAAAUCCAUCGGAUCUGCUCGGAGCUGGUGCGUGGCGCUGGGUGAGAGCUGGAGGAGGGGACGCGGGGUCCCCGCGCACCGGGAGCCAAGAGCUGGGGGCGCAGGGCACAGUCCCAGCACCGGGUGGUGGGAACCAAGAGCUGGCUGCAGGGGCUCGGAUGGUGGAGAGCAACCAAACGCAUCCCACAUGGAAGCCACAGAGCUGCAGGGCCAACGGAGCCCAGCAGGGCCAGGGCUGGGACUCAUUUUUCCUACCGGGAGGAGGAGGAGGAGCGGGAGGAAGCCUUAUCUUUGUAGGUCGCCGUGGCGAGACACCGCCGGAGCCGGAGCGCCUUUGUUUUAGCAGCUCCAGAAAUGACAUGGCAAUGAGUCAUUAUUUUUUAGCCCCCGGCAGGGGGGUUGCUUCCAGGGAAGCCUCCGACUUUUCUUGGCAAGGUGAGCCCUGCCCUCCGCGCGUGCGGGCGGGCGCCGGGGAGAGGCUUUUCCGCGCCGCUCGUGCCGGCUCUGCAGGGCGAGAUUUGCUCCUCGGAGGCAGGCGCCAGAUGCGAGGGGCACGAGGGCCGUACCCGGCGCUCACGGCACGGGCUUUGUGCCGGAUUUUGUCAAAAAGAAACUUUCCCUUCGGCACAACCGCACAGCGGCAUCCUCCAGGAGCUCGGAGGGUUUAACGAGCGGCAUUAAUUGCUCUGGUAGGCGAUGGUCGGGCGCGGCGGGAUCAGGCCGAGGCAGACGCAGCGUGUCACGCACGUGAACAGGGACGACACUGGCACCGCCACCUCGGAAGGGCUGAGAAAUCCCGAAAUCGGCCUUUGUGAAACCGUCCGUCGCAGCCGCGGAGCUCCAGAGCUGCCGGAAAAAUCAUAGCGUGUAGCGCACAAAGCGUUCGGUGGCGAUUUCAUUUGCAUACGGGGCUUGUGGGGGCUUAUGGUUUCCACCUUACUCCUUGACACGGCGAAGCCAGGGUUUCAGAAACGUGAGGCUGAGAUUUUCCCGAAACCACGGGAUUCCAGUAGCCGGGGAUUUCAAACGUGACCCGGCUGCACAGGCUCGCUGAAUUGGCGGGACUGUGGUGUACAACUUCCAAAUCCUUCGGUCUCCUCUCCAUCCCACAGGAGCAGCUGGGGCUGCUGCCUGUUGGGUACAUCCCACCCUGGCUUUACUGGGUUCUACUGGGUUGUGCUGGGUUUUACUGGGUUUUACUGGGCUGGCAGGGUUGCGGUUGCAGCCCACAGUGCCGAAUGGUGGCGGUGCAAUUCCCUGUGAUGGCUUUGGGGUUGGUGGUUCUGGCGAUAAGCACCCAGUCCCCGGAGAGCCACGAGGUCCCAGCUUGCGUUCCCGUCCUGCGGAGAGGCACGCGUGGGCAGGCCGGGGUGGCCUCGAGCACGCUGUGGGGUUUGAGCUUUGGGGCUGGGGCUGGGGAGACGAGAGCAAGCGGUCUGCUUCGUCAGCCACAGGGUCCCCUUAGGAGGAUUUCGGUCUAUUUUGCAGCUUGAUCCACGGUAUCUGGAGUAAUUAACAGGGAAAAGAGAGGGCCUGGUUAUCCAUCCUUCAAGAGCAAGGGGUUGAACGGGAAGGCAGCACCUUGGAAGCGGAUCAAAUAGCUCUCCAGCCCCCCGCGUGCCGCGCUGCGCUAUCAAGGUGAACGGCUGUGCCUCAAUUAGAGCAGCGCAGCCCAGAGCAGGGCUGAGCGUUCGCACCCUUUUAGCCAGAGCAGGAGCACGCGGGGCUGCACCCCGGGGUGCUGGGGCCACCCACGCCGUGCUUACCCCCACCUGGGGUCCGUCCCCCUCUUCGCAUCUGCUCCGGGUUUUACUUCCCCUUUGGAAAUAAAGCAGCGUGCGGGGAAGGACGGCUCUUUGUUACGCUCUCCCUUUCCUCCCCAGCCUAAAAGCACCCCAAAAAAAGCAGUCCUGCCCAGCGACGAGCUGCCACCGACCCCAAAUCGGCCGGGCAGCGCACACCUAAAUCCCCGCAGAUGCGCGGUGCCGGCAGCCUGUAUUUUUCCUGUCGGUCGGCUGCAGCUGGCUGUGCUGCGCCGAGAGCUGCAGGAUCUAAUCUGGCUACUGUGUUCUGGAAGAGGAGGAGAGAGAGACAGCAGGAGAGAGAGGAGAGAGCAAGGAACAUCGCAGAUAACAAGCCCGCGCCAUGCAGUCCUUUCGAGAAAGGUGUGGUUUCCAUGGCAACCAGCAGAGCUACCAGCCGACUUCACAAGAUACAUCACGCCUGGAGAAUUACAGGCAUCAAAGUCAGGCAGGGCCGAACUGCGAGCGGCAGAGGCUGGUGGCGAAGGAGUACUACAGUCAGCAGCAACUGCCGUACUCGGGCUACGAGAACAGCGCCGUGGAGAAAUACCACCGGGGAAACAAGCAAUUAGCGGGGCAGCAGCUGCAAGGCAGGCCGGCCUUUUCCAAUUACGCCGUGCAGGAGAACAGCCCCUACCCGGCCCGCUAUUCGGGGGACGAGAGCCUGCAGGCGUGGGGCAGCCAGCCGCAAGCGCUGCCCGGCGGCGUGGCCAAGUAUGAGGACAGCCUGAUGAAGAAGACGGCGGCGCCGGCAGGCGGGCGGCCCUACCACGAGCCGGCGGCGGCGACCCCGCUGCCCUUCCGGACUCACUUCCAGCAGCAGCAGCAGCAGCAGCCGCCCGCGCUCCCCUACCCCAAGCUGCAGCGGCAGAAGCUGCCCAACGACGUCUCCUCGCCCAUGCCCUUCCCGCAGAGCCCCCAUUUCGGGCAGCACUCGCAGUCCUUCCCCGCCUCCUCCACCUACUCCUCGGUGCCGGGGGGCAGCCAGCCGGCGCACUCCUACAAGAGCUGCACGGCGCCCUCGGGGCAGCCACCGCUGGAGCGGCCCCUGGGCAGCGCCGCCAGCCUGGCCCCCGGCCCCCGCGUGCCCAACCUGCACGGCUACCAGCCCAACCGCAUCGGCUACGAGCAGCCCCCACAGCCGCCGCCGCAGCCCCCGCAGCCCCCGCCGCCGCCGCAGCCCCCGCAGCCUCCCCAGCCCCAGCCUCAGCCCUUGCAGGGGAGGCAUCACGCCCCGGAGACCCUCCACUACCAAAACCUGGCCAAGUACCAGCAUUACAACCAGCCGGGGCAGACCUACUGCCAGGGCGACGCGCCGCCCGUCCGGACGCCGGAGCAGUACUACCAGACCUUCAGCCCCAGUGCCAGCCACUCGCCGGCACGCUCCGUCGGCCGGUCGCCGUCCUACAGCUCCACGCCGUCCCCGCUGAUGCCCAACCUGGAGAACUUCCAGUACAGCCAGCAGCCGCUGAGCGCCGGCGCCUUCCCGGCCGGCAUCGCCGACCACAGCCAUUUCAUGCCGCUGCUGAACCCCUCUCCCACCGACGGGACAAGCCCGGAUGCUCAGUCCGGGAACUGCAAGAACCUGCCGAAGGAGAAGCUGCCCGAAAACCUGCUGUCGGACCUGAGCCUGCAGAGCCUGACGGCGCUCACCUCCCAGGUGGAGAACAUCUCCAACACCGUCCAGCAGCUGCUGCUCUCCAAAUCGGCCGUGCCCCAGAAAAAAGGCAUCAAGACCCCGGCGAGGACCCCCGAGCAGCUCAAAGGGCAGCACUGCAGUCCCGAGAGCAGCACGUACUCUACUGAGCAGGUCGGGACGCCCCUGUCCGACCCGCUCAGCACCCCGCAGUCCGUCCACGCCGAGACGCAGGACGCCGACUAUCUCAGCGGCUCAGAGGACCAGCUGGAGAGGAGCUUCCUGUACUGCAACCAGAACCGCAGCCCUGCCCGCGUCAACAGCAACUCCAAGGCGAAGCCCGAGUCUGUGUCCACCUGCUCCGUGACCUCCCCGGACGACAUGUCCACCAAAUCGGACGAUUCCUUCCAGAGCAUCCAUGCCAGCCUGCCCCUGGAGACCUUCACCAAGUAUGUGACCAACGAGCGGGACUGUCCCCGGCUGCUCCUCAGCGCGCUGUCCCAGGAGGAGCUGGCCUCCGAGAUCAUCGUCCUGCAGGACGCCAUCAGCGAGAAGGGGGACAAAGCCUGGGCCAACUCGCCCCUCUUGAGCAAGGAGGCCACCAAGUCCCCCUUCCAGCUGGAGAACCACCGGCCGUGCCUGGACUCCAUGGUGAAGGGCGCGUGGCCCAGCCAGGGUGACUCCAGCACCCUCACUGAGCCCCUCAAGCUGGACAAGGCUUCGGGGGGCAGCGUGGGGAAGGACUUUGGUGAGGAGGUGUAUGAGGGUCCCCAGGUGGAGUUUGCGGCCACCGAGACCAAGGACUCGCUCAAGGAUGCGGCCCCGCUGGCGUUCAAUUCCAAGCCCAGCAUCCCAGCUGCAACUUCCAGUGCGGGGGCCUCCAGCUUCAGCUGCUACUCGAACACCACGGCCAACUCAGUGGACUCUGAAAACGCCAUGGAGCACUUCGAGUGGCCGGAGGAGAGCCUGGGUGAGGCGUGCCUCAGGUGGAAGGAGCUGGGGUCGGGCCUGCAAGCCUCCGACCUCCCCAAGGGCUUGUUCCCCAGCAAAAUGGUGGGGUCAUGCAAGGAGAAAAAAAAUGCCUGCAGCUUGGAUCUGUGCGACGGCGAGCAGCCGGCCAAGAGCGAGCCGGCCCGGGACUUUGCCCAGCAGGCGAUGGAGGAAGAAGAGGAGGAGACGCUGACCUACGAUGAGGCCACGAAGGCAGACAGCGAGAGGUGGCUGCAGGACACCCGGCACUGCUGCUCGGCCGGGGACUUUGGUGAGAUCCCCAUGAUCUCGUCGCCGGAGCUGAAGGAGUCGGACCUGGAGGCAGAGGAGUACUCCUCGCUCUGCGAGCUGGCGGGUGCGGAGCAGAAGUCGGUGCCCUACGACGCCUCGCCGCCCAAGCUCCCGGAGAUGCCCGCCGUGCUGUCUGCCAGCGAGGUGCCCGUGUCCGCCGAGGAGACCGUCAGCACGGUGGAGAAGGAGGGCUCAGCACCCUCGGCACGGCUCUCCGGCCAGUCCGUCAUCCUGCUGGGACCUGCGGUGGGCACGGAGACCAAGGUGAAGAGCUGGUUCAAGUCCUCCCUGCCCCACAUCCAGCCCGAGGAGAGUGACGGAGGGGAGAAGCCUCACCCGGAGGUGGCAGACUCCGAACCCUUGAAGAAGCAGCUGGUGCCCGAAACCAUGCUGGGGAAGAUGGAGCCUGUCUCACGGGGCAAGAGCCUCCGCAACAAGAGGGUCCACUGCCGGCUGCCGGAGGGGGACAGUGCUGGCAGCGCGGUGCCGAGCCCCUUCGAUGAGCUGCCAGUGGCGUGCAUCAGGCCGGACGGGCAGGUGGAGAUGCCGAGCAAGAAUGCCCACAGCCAGACGCCCAGGUUUGCAGCGGAGGGCUUGCCAGCACGCAUGUGCACCCGCUCCUUCACUGCCCUCGCCGAGCCCCGCACCCCGGCCCCGCUGGAGGGGCUGAAGGUGCCAGUGCACCAGGAGAAGCUGGGGAAGAAGCCGGCCUGUGGGGUGAAGCAGCGGGUGGCUUUCAAAGCCAGGAAGCGCAGCGGCCGGCCAGCCCCUAAAGUGGUCCAAAACACCGGUGGCGAUGCCACCCUCCUGGUGCCCAGCUUGGUGCCGGCUGAGGAGGCAGCGGGGCCAACGCCGCCAGAGGGGGAUGCGGUGGAUGUUGGGGAGAGGGACCAGCGGUCGAUGAUCCUGCGCUCCCGGACGAAGACGCAAGAGGUUUUCUACACCAAGAGGCGGCGGGGCAAGCGGGCGGCGGAUGUGCGGCUGAAGAACUGCAAGGCACCCAAAAAGCUCAUCUCCAACAACCACCUCCCGCCCGCCUUCAAGCUGGCCCCCCCGGGCAGUCCCCACAAGGAGGGCAAGGUGGGUGCCCGGAUGAAGCUGCCCAAAGCGGGGCCGGGAGUGGGCGGCAAGAUGUCUGAGCGGCCCCUGCACUCGCUGAAGAGGAAGUCCACCUUCAUCUCCCCCAUCCCCGCCAAGAAGAGGAACCUGGUUCUGCGGAGCAACAGCGGCGGCAUGAAGGAGGAGAAGCCCGAGGGUCCCCCCAGCCUCUUCAAGAAGAUGCCUGUGGCCAAGAAGGUGAAAGCUAAGCUGCCCCCCAAGAGCCCCGGUGAAGCCAUCCCGAAACCCCCCCUGCCAAAGGAGGCCCCUGACGUCUGCAUCAAGAUCACCUCCCGGGCGGCCUUCCAGGAGGCUACCAAGACCAAAGUGCUGCCUCCCCGCAAGGGCCGCGGCCUCAAGCUGGAGGCCAUCGUGCAGAAGAUCACCUCGCCCAACCUGAAGAAGUUCGCCUGCAAGCCGGCAGCCACGGCAGCAGCGGCAGCGGUGGCAGCGACGGCAGCGGCCACUUACGGCACCUCCCUGGGCCCAGCGGGGGCAGACCGGGAGCGGGCGGUGAAGCACGGCGGCGUGGCCCUGGCGGUGGGCGACGCACGGUUGCCCAAACCGGCAGCAGCGCAGAAAGCACCCACAGCACCGUCAGCUGAGCAGUUCUGCCGAAACCCCCACGGUAGAGCGCUGAAGGGGAAGCCGGGGAGCGGGAAGAAACUCUCCGCCGACGGCUUCCAGGGUGAGACCUGUGUGCCGGCCAUGGUGGCACAGCCCGGCUCGGCGGUGGUGGCCAAGAACAUGGCACUGCUGCCCAAGAAGAGGAACCGCAAGGGCAAAGCGGCAGCGCUGGGCAUGGCCAAGGCACCCCUGGGCCCCGCGCUGCCGCUGCCGCCCCGCGAGCGGGCAGCCGGGCCGGGCGGCGGGGACGAGGCACUGCGGGAGGGCAAGAAACCAAAGAGCGAGGAGAAGGAGGCGGGGGGUGGCGAGGGCCUCGAGGGACGUGCGGCGGGCGGGCCGGCACGAGGGCCGAAGCCGCGGGCCAACCACGCCAACUACAAUGGCUACUCCAAGCGGCAGCGGAAGCGUCUGGCCCACGGCAAGGCCAAGGCGGUGCCGUCGCGGUGCAAGAGCCGGGGCAAGCGGCGGCGGCAAGCCCAGCAAGCGCCGCUGCUGCACCCCGCCGAGCCCGAGAUCCGCCUCAAGUACAUCUCCUGCAAGCGGCUGCGGGCCGACAGCCGGGCCCCCCCCUUCGCGCCUUACGUCCGCGUGGAGCGGCGCGGCGAGUUCACCACCGCCUGCACCGUCGUCAACUCGCCCGGUGACGAGGCCCGGCUGCAGCGGGGGCCCGCCGGCACGGCGCCGCGGCCGCGGGCGGCACUGCCCGCCUCGUCCACCAUGCACCUGGGGCCCGUGGUGUCAAAGGCGCUGAGCGCCGCCUGCCUGGUCUGCUGCCUGUGCCGAAACCCUGCCAACUACAAGGACUUGGGGGACCUGUGCGGGCCCUACUACCCCGAGGACUGCCUGCCCAAGAAGAAGUCGCGUCUGAAGGAGAAGGCGCGGGUGGAGGGCGAGGAGGCCGGCGCGGCGGAGCGCGGCCCAAAAGGGACGGAGAGCAGCUGGGCGGCCGGCGGCAAGCCACCGAGGCCGGAGGGUGCCGCCGAGGCCGCCAAGCAGAGCUCGCUCCGCUCCAGCCCCCGGGGCAUGUUUCGCAGGCUGCAGAGCUGCUACUGCUGUGACGAGAGGACAGAGGGCGAGGAGGCGGCCGAAAAGCCCCGGAGGCACGAAUGUAACAAAGCUGAGUCCCCGCCGCAGGAGCCGGCGGGCGACACGCAGGAGCACUGGCUGCACGAGGCCUGUGCCAUAUGGACCGCUGGGGUUUUCCUGGUGGCGGGGAAGCUCUACGGGCUGCAGGAGGCCAUCAAGGUGGCUGCCGACGUGAAGUGCUCGAGCUGCCAGCAAGCGGGCGCCACGGUGGGCUGCUGCCAGAAGGGGUGUCCCCACACCUACCACUAUGCGUGUGCCAUUGACACAGGUUGCUUACUAACCGAAGAGAGCUUCUCUCUGCGAUGUCCCAAACAUAAGAGGCAGCCCGUGUAGCGGCGCGGGAGGCGCAACGGCCCCCGCCAC